AUGAGCUAUCAUCAUCCAUUCCCUUUUUGCUUUUUCGGGUCUCGUGGUGUUUUCUUUUCCCUACUUUUCAAAUUAAACAAAGGAUUCACUCAUUGUUCAUGCUCUUCUUCAAUCAUUUUCAACACUGUAAGAGGGUUUCACAAGAGUUCUAGAGGUUGCUCAUGCUCACAUAGCAUCAUUUAUUGUGAUUCAAUUUGGGGGAAAAGCAGAUUCAGCUUCAGAGAUUGA